UUUCGCUGUCUGCUCAAUUUACAAGAGACAGUAAAUACCGGCCUGCCUUGUGGCCGGAUAUGUCGUCAUGAAAACGCGACGCAACCGGAAAUUCAAGUAUAUCGAAAGGAAAGUGGGAGAAACGGAAUCAAAAUGAAUACACGAGGACUCCGCUCUCAGCUGAAAGACAGUGUACCUGUGGCUGGCUUCGCUCCGCAGGGAUCUUACGGAGUGCAGGACUCUCUGCGUAGCGGCUUUACCAGUGUAAAGAAUGAGCUCAUUCCCAGCCACCCGCUGGAGCUGUCAGAAAAAAAUUUCCAGGUGAACCAGGACAAGAUGAAUUUCUCCACACUCAGAAACAUCCAGGGUCUUCAUGCGCCACUCAAACUGCAGAUGGAGUACAGGGCAGCUAGACAGAUCCAGCGUCUCCCAUUCUUACCGAGUUCACACUUGGCCCUGGACACACUGCGGGGCAGUGACGAGUCCAUCGGCUUUGAGGACAUCCUCAGUGAUCCAGGUCAGAGUGAAAUGAUGGGUGAGCCACAUCUGAUGGUGGAGUACAAACUGGGAUUGUUGUGAAAGAAGACAGACUCAGAAAACACACACAAAGCUUUUACAUCUGCAUAUGUUUGUUUAUAAACCCAAAAAUAAAAGUUAGCCUCUCUGUUGCUGAGAGUUGUAGUCUGGAGUGUUUUGGGCAGGCAUGUGUGGUGGUGAUAUAGAUGCGGGUGUUACAACAGUCAUUCAGAUCUUCAUGGCUGCUUUUGUAUGAUUCCAGUCCGGUUGUUAUUUCUAAUAAACUUCAUAACCUUCCUCAUGA